AUGGGACGCCUCGAUAAGCCUGUGUCGACCCGUCCGACAGCGCGGAGAAAAGAUCCUGCCUGCGGUACAUGCCGUAAGAAAUGUCGGAAAUGUGAUCGCAAACGGCCCAUCUGUGAUAGAUGUCGUAUCAAAGGACUUCCAUGCGAGGGUUACCCUCCGAGAUUUCAAUUUCAGGAUGCUUUGACGGUAUUCUCCAGAAAAACGGAAGAACAGGAUAAGAUUCAGGAUACUAUCGAAGUCCGAACAGCGACGUCAGAUGAGUCGUCACAGAAGUCUUCGACCGAACCACUUGAUGAGAACUUGUCCAUCUUUGAUCCUCAACAGCCACUUUUUGAUACCUCAGACUUUGUACUCCUGUCACCGAUUUCUAAUUUGACGUCCAUUGAAUCACCCCUUGAGUUGUCAAUUGCGCAAAUUGAUUAUGUUCCGACAGCGGUUAGCGAUAUCGACCUCGAGAGCGACAUUAUUGCGAACCAACACAUCAUCUACUAUUCGAAGAAGAAUAUCUCCUGGCAAUGGUUCUAUUGCUGGUACUGCAUGAUGCUUGACAUGCUACGAGGCUUCAGUGGUGCCGAAAAGCUUUCCUACCCAGAAGACGUACGAGAAUGCGUGCGUGGCCAUGGAAGUCUAAGUCUUCACACCUUGGUCGGCUGUCCCCCAGUCAUCUUCUCCAAGAUCGGCCAAGUUCUAGAAGGCGGUAAAUCGUAUCGCGCGGGCGAUCUUCCACUUGAGAAAUUUGAGAAGUUGCUUGAUAGCGCUGAAAAGUUCCUGAGAGGCUGGGAUCCUGAGCAGGCCGUUUAUCCUACUGCUCAUCAAGAAUGGCGACAGCUGGCGGAGGCGUAUCGCCAUGCGUGUCUACUUCGCAUACUGCGUUUUCCUGACCCUUUUGCGGUUUCAUGCGACGACCCCCGAAUCAAGGCAUCUGUCACAGCAAUUCUCGAUAUCUGUGCCACGAUGCCUUCCAACAGUGUCUUCUACAAACGUCUCCUCUUUCCGCUCUUCUUAGCUGGGGCUGAUAACUGUUCUCCACAUCAAAUGCAUUAUAUCAGUCUAUGCAUCGACAACAUUAAAAGUUCUACAGGCUUUCAGCACCUAGCAAUGACAGAAGUUCUGGCCAAAGUCUGGGAGGCGCGGCGGACGAAUCCUCAUGGCUGGUCCAAUGUUCCUUGGAUGGAAUACGUAAGUCCGACUACCUUUUUAUGGAGAGAUCUUACUAAAUCCGAUUAUCUGUAG